AUGAAACAAGCUGCAGGAGGUGCAGACCCUGCACUGCCAGCAGCCAAAGCUUACAAUGGGAACUACAACAGGAGCUUCGAGGGUGCUGGCAGUCCAGUCAAUAGCCAGCAAGGUUCUGUUGAGUUACAACCUAUGAUCUCUCUUCAACGACCCAUCAAAUUCAAAAUAGAGUAUCAUCCUUCCACUGGCCAUGAACCACUCCUUCAAACCUUCAAGGAGUUUGGUGUCAAUACACAUCAUGAAGAAGAUCUUCCUGUGGAUGAAGAGCCUUGGCAUCCUUUUUGUUCCCAUGGUGACUUUGAGUUUGCGGAGAUCAUGCUCAAUGCCAUGCUCAACAAGUUGCAUAUUGAUGACCUACUUGCUCUCAUUGGUUGCAUAUCGAGAGGCGAGAGCUGA